CAAUUUGUUUCUCUUAUCUACGACGUUUAUAUUUAAAACAUUGAACCACACUAAACGCUUAAUAAAAAAUCACUCGAGAUUCGAUGCGAUAGGUGCCGACUCGCGGUUAAAUGUUUGGGUUGAUCGUGAUCGCGUUGUUGGUGUACAUGUUUCGUUCAGUGUGGACCAAAUUGACGUCGAGGCCUUUGCCCAAAUUGAUUGAGAAUGCAUACUGGGGUCCGGGAAAUCCCCCGGAAAAUCCCGACACGACAAUCAGAGAAUUCAAAAUUAAUUUUCCAGGAACGCAUUUGGUGGAUCUGAAAUAUCGUCUGGAGAACGUGAGGCCUUUGGUGCCGCCACUGGAAGGUAUCCAGCAACAGUAUGGCAUGAAUACGGACCUCCUCAAAAAGGUGAUCGCAUUUUGGAUCAAGGAGUACAACUGGAAGGAACGCGAAACUUACCUGAAUCAGUAUCCUCAGUUUAAGACCAAAAUUCAAGGCCUCGACAUUCACUAUCUCCACGUGAAACCCAAAAAUCCUGGAAACAAGAAGGUCGUGCCGUUGCUUAUUAUUCACGGCUGGCCUGGAUCGGUGGUCGAAUUUUAUAAGGUCAUUCCUCUGUUCACCGAUCCACAAAACGACAGAAAUUUCGUAUUUGAAGUUAUUGCGCCCAAUAUUCCGGGCUACGGAUUUUCCCAAGCUGCAGCUAAACCCGGCCUUGGUGCUGCCCAGAUGGCUACUAUAUUUCGAAACUUCAUGAACCGUCUCGGCUAUGAUAAAUUUUAUUGCCAAGGUGGCGAUUUUGGUGCAAUAAUUCUGCAGUACCUAUGCCUUUAUUAUCCCGAAUCAGUAUUAGGAUACCAUACCAACAUGGCAAUUCUAGGCACUGCGUCGAGACUGAAGACCAUUUUAGGCGUUAUUCGCCCUUCGUGGAUAGUGAAACCGGAACACCACAACAGAGUAUAUCCUUUAUGGCAACAUUUUCAGUCAACGAUGCGUGAGACUGGAUACUUACAUUUACAAGCAACGAAACCAGACACACUUGGGGUCGGCGUAACCGAUUCGCCAGCCGGAUUAGCCGCGUACAUUUUGGAAAAAUUCACCAGCGGCACCAAUAUCACGUGGCAGAAGCGCGAAGAUGGCGGCCUCGACGAAAAGUUCACCUACACCGAACUGUUGGACAACGUAAUGAUCUACUGGUUGACUGGGACCGCGACUACCUCGUUCAGGCUCUAUUCCGAAACGUUUAACAGAUCUCACGGAUUUUUAAACAGCUUAGGCAAUCCGAUCGAGGUUCCCACCGCAAUAGCCCGAUUUAAGUACGACUUCUACGUCGCGGACGGCGUGGUAAGGGACGUUUUCAAGAAUUUGGUCCAGCUGAACGAUUUCGAUGGCGGCCAUUUUGCUGCUUGGGAGGAGCCGCGAGUGUUCGCCAAAGACGUAUUCGAUGCGGUAGAAAAAUUCGAGAAGAUCGACAAAAAGCGCCAGUGAGAUGGGAGAAUAAAAAAAAAUGUAAUUCGCGAAGUAUAAAUCCGAAUUUUCAGAAUGAACAAGAAACGCAAAUAUGCAUUUUUAUUAUAUGAAAGAUUCUGAACAUUAAUGUUAUUUUAAAUUAAGUCAGAACCAUUUCUUUAUUAAACCGGAUUUUCAUAAAUACUAUAAUUUUUUUUCCAUUA